CUCCAGGGGCAGAGGAGGCGGCGGCGGCAGAGGAGAGAGCGGGAGGAGGGAGGGAAGGCAGGAAGAGGGCAACCCGAGGCCGGGCCAGGUGGCUGGGCCGGCUGCUGGCUGUGCUGCGCUGCUCUCGGUUCCGACGGCCUUUCUCAUGUGCUGAGGGCGCCCGGCUGGGCCGGACCGGCGGCCGGAGGAGAGGCUCCUCUCCAUGGUCCAGAAGACCAGCAUGUCCCGGGGCCCUUACCCACCCUCCCAGGAGAUCCCCAUGGAGGUCUUCGACCCCAGCCCACAGGGCAAAUACAGCAAGAGGAAAGGGCGGUUCAAAAGGUCGGAUGGGAGCACUUCCUCGGAUACAACAUCCAACAGCUUUGUCCGCCAGGGCUCAGCGGAGUCCUACACCAGCCGUCCGUCGGACUCUGAUGUGUCUCUGGAGGAGGACCGGGAAGCCUUAAGGAAGGAAGCAGAGCGCCAGGCAUUAGCCCAACUUGAGAAAGCCAAGACCAAGCCGGUGGCGUUUGCUGUGCGGACAAAUGUUGGCUACAACCCGUCUCCGGGGGAUGAGGUGCCGGUGCAAGGAGUGGCCAUCACCUUCGAGCCCAAGGACUUCCUGCACAUCAAAGAGAAAUACAAUAAUGACUGGUGGAUCGGGCGACUGGUGAAGGAAGGCUGUGAGGUCGGCUUCAUCCCCAGCCCUGUCAAACUGGACAGCCUGCGCCUGCUGCAGGAACAGAAGCUGCGCCAGAACCGCCUCAGCUCCAGCAAAUCAGGUGACAACUCCAGCUCCAGUCUGGGAGAUGUGGUGACUGGCACCCGCCGCCCCACACCCCCCGCCAGUGGUAAUGAAAUGACUAACUUAGCAUUUGAACUAGACCCCCUAGAGUUAGAGGAUGAGGAGGCAGAGCUUGGCGAGCAGAGUGGCUCAGCCAAGACUAGUGUUAGCAGUGUCACCACCCCGCCACCCCAUGGCAAACGCAUCCCCUUCUUCAAGAAGACAGAGCAUGUGCCCCCCUAUGACGUGGUGCCUUCCAUGAGGCCCAUCAUCCUGGUGGGACCGUCGCUCAAGGGCUAUGAGGUUACAGACAUGAUGCAGAAAGCUUUAUUUGACUUCUUGAAGCAUCGGUUUGAUGGCAGGAUUUCCAUCACUCGGGUGACAGCGGACAUUUCCCUGGCUAAGCGCUCAGUCCUCAAUAAUCCCAGCAAACACAUCAUCAUUGAGCGCUCCAACACGCGCUCCAGCCUGGCUGAGGUUCAGAGUGAGAUUGAGCGAAUCUUCGAGCUGGCCCGGACCCUUCAGUUGGUUGCCCUGGACGCUGACACCAUCAACCACCCGGCCCAGCUUUCCAAGACCUCACUGGCCCCCAUCAUUGUUUACAUCAAGAUCACCUCUCCCAAGGUACUUCAGAGGCUCAUCAAGUCUCGAGGGAAGUCUCAGUCCAAGCACCUCAAUGUCCAAAUAGCAGCCUCGGAGAAGCUGGCGCAGUGCCCCCCGGAAAUGUUUGACAUCAUCCUGGAUGAGAACCAACUGGAGGAUGCCUGCGAGCACUUGGCCGAGUACUUGGAAGCCUAUUGGAAAGCCACACACCCGCCCAGCAGCACUCCACCCAAUCCGCUGCUGAACCGUACCAUGGCUACAGCAGCCCUGGCGGCCAGCCCUGCCCCCGUCUCCAACCUCCAGGGACCCUACCUUGCUUCUGGGGACCAGUCGCUGGAACGGGCCACCGGGGAGCACGUCAGUGUGCACGAGUAUCCCGGAGAGCUGGGCCAGCCCCCAGGCCUUUACCCCAGCAGCCACCCACCAGGCCGGGUGGGCACGCUGAGGGCACUGUCUCGCCAAGACACGUUUGAUGCUGACACCCCUGGCAACCGAAACUCUGCCUACACGGAGCUGGGAGACUCAUGUGUGGACAUGGAGACUGACCCCUCAGAGGGGCCAGGGCUUGGAGACCCUGCAGGGGGCAGCACCCCACCAGCCCGGCAGGGAUCCUGGGAGGAUGAGGAAGAAGACUAUGAAGAGGAGCUGACCGACAACCGCAACCGCGGCCGGAAUAAGGCCCGCUACUGCGCCGAGGGCGGGGGUCCAGUUCUGGGGCGCAACAAGAAUGAGCUGGAGGGCUGGGGGCGGGGUGUCUACAUCCGCUGAGCAGCAGGGACCACGCAGUGGGAGGAAGGGCUCAGCCCUCGGGAGGCGAGGGACGGCUCACCGCCGAGGACGUAUCUUGGCUCCAGGGGGCGCUGUUUCCUUUCAGAUGCCUUUGCUCAAUGUUCGGGGUUUCCGUGGUGGUUAGCAUCCCAGCUCCUGGGAGUCCCUUAAGUCCUACUUGUAACAAGGUUUUUACCUACCUGCUGUGAAUGGACGGGGUGAUGCCCACCUUUCUGCAGUGUCCCUUUUUCCCCACCUCAGGGGGCUCUCUCCCCCCUCACUCUCCCAGAGAUAAGGUGCACUUCAACUUUCUACUUGGGGCUCUUAGUGAGGGUCCUAAAUGGGGUGGCCCUUUCUUUUCCCAGCCUGGAGUAUUUGGGAAGGGUAGGGGGCUUUUCCUGGAGAGGGAGACCACAGACUCUUUACCUUGAAGGCUCUCUUCCCAAGACCCCAGAUCCAGGGUCCCUCACUGUGCCCACCCCUUUCCCCAGCUUCCUGGCAGCCUUGUCUGGUGGGUGACAGCUACAGCCCGGUAGUCCCAUGGGGAGCUUGUCUUGGGGAGGGGUCUGGGUGGAAACCAGCAGGCAUCAGAUGUCGAACCCUCUGCCUGCCAAGGACCUAGAACCCUGAAGAGUGGGCGGCCUGAGUCACUGCCACCCACCCACCACUUCCAUGCCUCAGCCUUUGCCUACCCCAGGAAUGAGCUUUGCGUACAUCCCUUGCCUGCUGCCAUCAGAAGAGGGGGGCCCCUCUGCGUCUGAGCCCCCUGUCCCUGGAUCCCUUUGUUACCUGGGUGUGGAGCCCAUGGAACACUAGUCCACCUCAUUUUGAAACCAAAAACUGCUCGUUCACUCUCACCCUGAAGUCCCAGAGGAGAGACCCUGUGGGUUGGUGCCCAAGAAGGAGUCAGCCCCCCAGGGGUUGCCUCGGGACGUCAGGUCUCCCCUGGGGGGAUUGGCUGCUGCUGCUGUAUUUGCCUCUUGUGAUCCUGUCCUGUACUGAUGUCCACUCCCCCAGGAGAGGCCUUGGCACCCCCUCUGCCCAGCAGCCCAGCCCCUUCCCAGCACCCAGCUGGGCCAGAGAGAGCUGACUGUGCCAACAAGGACUGGGCCCUGCUGGGCUGCCCACUUCAGGAAUGGGGGCCUCAUGCCCAUCUCGCCACCUCCUGUGCCAAUGUCCCAUCCCCACCUGGGGUGGGGUGCAGCUUCCACUUCCUGGUUAGAGACACCAUUGCCCAACCUUUCCCCUCUCCUGUCUGGUGUCCUUUGCCCUCAUCUGUCUGUCUGUCUUGUCUGUACUCCCCUAUGAGAAGUAUUUUGGCGCAUAUAAAAGCACUGUCCUGUCCUUUG